AUGUUAGUUUUCAUAGCACUGACAACAUUUGUGCUUCUUCUGAUAGCACGAUACUCACGGAUUAAGAGAAAAGUUCUGGAGCAAUGGCGGUUUAUCAAGCUUAUCAAUCAGUUGCCCGGGCCAAGCCUGCCAGAAAUGAUCACUGAAUUAUUUCUCUUUAAACUAGAUGGUGAACAAUUUACUUAUCAGAUCGAAGCCCUCUUUCGAAAAUAUGCGUACAAAAGUGAGUACGGCAUGAUGUGCUGCUGGUUUGGCUUUAAACCAAUAUUAUUCCUCACGCGGUCAAAGAGCGUUAAAGUUUGCUAACU